AUGAACGGCUCCACGAAUGGGCAUAGUACAACUGGGGCGGACACGAGCGUACAGCUGAACGGGAACACAAGCUUACUGCCUCAAAUCCACGAAGCUCUCAAUAUUGUACAUGGCCAUGCCUCCAAUGAAUCACGUCGGCAAGCCUCUUUGUUCCUCGAAGAUUUAAAAGCCAACGAUGAAGCACCAUACCAUGGCUUUACACUGGCAUCCGACAAAAGCCAGCAGCCUGUCGUCCGCCACUACGCCCUCUCCCUCCUCGAGCAUGCGAUCAGACACAAGUGGGCGGAAUACUCGGUGGAGCAGGCGACUACACUGAGGGAAUGGGUUCUGCAACUCUCGCAGAAUAUUUCCCCGGAGGACCCUUUGUAUCUGCGAAACAAGACUGCGCAGUUAUGGGUGGACAUCGCAAAGAGAAGCUGGGCUGCGGACUGGACUGAUAUGGAUGAGCUUCUCGUGCGGCUCUGGAACCUACCUGGCUCUGUUGUGCACAAGGAAUUUGUCCUCUUCGUCCUCGAAACGCUCUCAGAUGAGGUUUUCAAUGGGGAAGAUACGGUCGCUGCUAUGCGUGAGGGAGCUUUAAGCAAAGCUUGCGUUGAGAUUUUCACCCCUGCCAUUGUUCUAGCUGAAGCAUUUCCACAUCGCCAGAUUGGUAUAUCAGUUAGAUAUGGGGAAGAGGGUUGGCUGGUGCGGAUGGGCGAAUUGCUCAACCAGUGCUUAGACGCAGACCUCUUUCAUAACCCGCAGUAUCAAAGCUGUGCUGUUAAGACGUUGGCAGUUUACAAAUCUGUCAUGCCAUGGGCAAUACCACGAGCAAUUGCAAGUGCUUCUUGCGUCGGGCAUAUGUGCAAAAGUCUUGCUGCAUCUAGCGUGCCAGUCCAGUUGGCCUCUGUUGAAGCACUUCAUGCCCUGUACUGCAGAAUGCCUUUCUCGGAUGAGGAGUUCUUGUCCCUCGUAUGCCCUAUGUACACAAGCCAAACAGUUGAUCUUUUACGCAAACUAUACCAAUGGUCCAUUGUCGACUGCCAGGAUAUCGAUGAUGAGAAAUACCUGUUUUCUAAGAAGUUUUCUGAGAUGAUGUCUAAUCUCGGAAGUUUCAUUGAACAGAAGCUCUCAUCCAUACCAGAAGACUGUGAUCUUCCUAAUUUAUUAAAUCUUUUUCUUGCUAUUGCCCAAAGCCAAAGCCUCGUCGUUUCGAUACCCAUCCUCGUUACCUGGACUCGAUUACUGCGUUCUAAUACCCUUGGCGAAUCUCCCACUCUCACCCCACUAAUUGCACCUCUCCUUGAACUUUGCAGCUCAAGAUUAAUCCGGUACGAACACCUGCCAGAAGACUCGGAGGAAGCAUCUCUGGUCUUUUUAUUAGAAGACAUUGACACACAGCCUGAGAGACACGCUUUCCUCGGGAACUAUAGACGUUACAGCACCUCGAUUAUUGAGGCCAUUGUUCGUCAAAAACAAUCUGAGGCUAUUUAUCACAUAUUGAGUCAGGUUGAUCACUCCCUGCAACAUCUCUAUGAUGGCCGUCCUCGAUUUUCAGUCGAAAAUUACUCCAAGCAUUCUAUGCCUGUCUUGAUGAUAGACGCACAUUUCACUGUUGUCGAGGCAGCUUUGAAGGGAUACAUGAAGUGGCGAUCAGUGCAUGGCUCAAAAUUGCAACAAGACGAUCAAGAACGUGUAGCUAUUGAGAACUAUCUUGAAGCAUGGUGUGAGCGACUACUCGAAAUGCACUUUGAGGACCCAAUCAUUCGGAAACGAGUGCUGGUGCUGGCAGUUGCUUUUUCUACAACGGCUCUUGAUAAGAAAGUUGGAUUCAUGCUCAAAGUGCUUGAGCAUAUAUUAAUGAGCCAGCCUACUGAAAACAGCGAACAUGCUUCGUACAGCGAAGCUGUGAAGGAAUUACAGGCGGAUUGCACGUCUGAACUGCAGCGUUUAGCUAGCAAAAUGCCGAAUCAUCUCUUGGAUGUCUAUGAUCAGCUUGAGAUCAAGGUUAACGAGAUCAUUGCUUCCGGCAGGCUUGAUACGAAAAAACAGAUUUCGUAUCAGACAUUCUUAUUCACCAUCAUUCAUCGUGCUACGAACAUUGACUCGGACAUUCGCCUACAGAAGCUCCACGCUUUCAUCGGCCCUGUUCAGCAAUUAUGGCAGAAUCCCGAAAUGGACGAAGCGCUCUCAUCUUUCGGCGGGUUUUGCGACCUUCUAGGUCUCAGCAAAGUCCGCGAAUAUCUGGUGUCACGCCGGGUACAUGAAAUUCAAGAGUGGGGAUUGUACAAGCUUGAUGCUGAAGGACAAGCGCUGCAAGCAGAACUGGAAGAACGAUUAAAGGCAACCUGUUCAACGGAAAAAAUUGAGAAAGACUCGCCGGCUUAUAAAGUAUCAUGUACACUUUGGCGCGAUGCUUUGCCCGUCAUUCUUCCUGACCUGCUUAAAUUCCUGAGCCAUGCGCAUUCUUUCCACAAUCCAUCCAACUGGGCGGGGCUCCCUCCUGAAAUGAGAGGAAUGGUGGGCCGCAUAUUGACUGAUCGCUUUUGGCAAGCCGGUAUCUCGGAAGGAACCAAAGACGACUUUUAUGCUCGCGUAACUGGUACUAGGUCAACUAUGGAAGGCUUUGCGUCGUCGAUUCGUGGAUCUGUCCGUACAGUUCGAGAGGCCUGUUACUCUAUUCUUUGGUGCAUGAGCCGGUUAGAUGUCGAUUUCUACGGCUUUAGCGAACUUCCGGGACCUCUUGCACAUGCUCUUUUCGCUGAUGCCGAUAAUCUGUCAUCGCAUCAACUGAUUGCGCUACUGAGCGUAGUCCGACUGUUAGUUGACGACUGCCCCGUGGAGGUUCGCCAUCAUUUCGUCCCUCCAAUUUUGGCCACUUGUUUUACUCAGAUGGAUGCAAAAAUCAGCUCCGAGUGGGAGAAGCUUGCUCAUAAGCAAUUAGCCCAGACUGAGAGCGAUAAUUUGACUGAGGAGAUGAAGGAGGAGAGUAUACUUCGUCAACUAACUCAUGCAGCGGUCAUGAUGAUUGGGAGCUUACUCGAUCCGGCCCGCACCAAUCCUCAAGCUGCCGUUGGUACCGCAAAAGAUGCGUCGACUUACGUCAAUGAAGCCAACCCCGCCUCAGCUUACCCAUCAAUGCGGAAGUUUUGCCUUACAAAUUCCACGAUCCUUGAGCCUCUUCUCCUUUUUCUGGCCCAUGCAAUCCGUAUGCGCGAUGGCCGAUGCUGCGGGGUAGUACUGCGGGUCUACCGUUCCAUCAUCCCAGAAUUUGCAGCCGCUUCUAACGAGAAUCCACUCUCCUCCUCGAUCCGCGAGUUCAUCAGCACCGAAGUCCUCAAGGCUUGCAUCUCGUCCUUAAACGAGCACUACUUCGUCGACCUGCAAAAGGAUCUUGCGCAAGUCAUAGCAGCUAUCUUGAUCUACUACUCCCCAGCCACGAACACACCAAAACAAAUAUUGCUCAGCCUCCCAGGUAUCCAGGAAAAGUCCGUGGAUAAGUGUAUCGACUACGUGAAUCGCCAAGGUGUGCAGCAACGCCAGCAACGAGCCCUUGUCCUCGACCUGCUGCGCGAUUUGAAAGGGGUAAGCAUCAGCGAGCAAGGCCGUAUCAGCAAAUCCGCCUCGACGGUGCGUAAAGAACGUAGCAAGAUGCAGCAAGAGUUCAUGAAAGAGCGACCCACAGCGCCAGAGAACAGACAGCCAAGCCCGAGCCUAGAAGGUGUGGCGGGAAUGUUUGAUGAGCCAUGA